AUGAACAUCUUCCGUUUGAUGGGCGACUUUGCCCAUCUCGCGUCCAUCUUCAUCCUUCUGCACAAGAUCCAGCUCUCGAAAUCAUGUCGAGGCAUCUCGUUCAAGACGCAACUGCUCUACACGGUGGUGUUUGUCACCCGUUAUCUCGAUAUUGUCCAUGAAGAUUCGCUCUACCGCUUCCUGAUGAAGAUCUUCUUCAUUGGAUCUUCGGUCUACGUGCUGUACCUGAUGAAGGUGAAGUUCCGACCCACGCACGAUCCUGCCAUCGACACGAUCAGGUUGAGAUACCUCAUGGGCCCUUCGUUUGUGCUCGCGUUGCUCUUCCACUACAAAUUCGACUUUGUGGAGAUCUUUUGGACGUUCAGCAUCUAUCUGGAAGCCGUGGCGAUCUUGCCACAGCUGUUCAUGUUGCAGAGGACGGGCGAGGCAGAGGCGAUCACCACACAUUACAUUUUUGCGCUCGGAGCGUAUAGGGCACUUUACAUCCCCAACUGGCUGUACAGGUACAUCGCCAAAAACGAGAUCGACCCCAUCUCGAUCCUGUCUGGCUUGGUACAAACCGGUCUUUACCUCGACUUCUUCUACGUGUACUUUACAAAAGUGAUGAAGGGCGAAAAGUUCGAGUUGCCCGCAUGA